UAUCACCCAAACUCCCGCGAAAACUAUCUGCACAAGUUCCUUUCACUAGAUUGUAAGUACGGUCAUACUUUUACCGAUUGCAACAAUACGGUGCUUGCCGGAAAUUUUCUCCAAUAAACUAUAAUAUUAAAAGUUAAUAUUAAGAGAUAUAUUUACGGCUAGCAAUUCGCGAUCAUCAAAAGAGACAUGCCCCGGUACAGAGAAUGGGAUCUGGCUUGCAAGGUGUAUGUGGGAAACUUGGGAUCAUCGGCAUCUAAAUACGAAAUAGAGAAUGCCUUUGCCAAAUACGGUCCAUUGAGGAACGUAUGGGUGGCUCGCAACCCACCUGGCUUUGCGUUCGUUGAGUUUGAAGACAGGCGUGAUGCGGAGGACGCAACCCGGGCGCUGGACGGAACUCGCUGCUGCGGCACACGCAUUCGCGUAGAGAUGUCCUCCGGGCGCUCACGUGACCGCCGGCGUGGUGGAUUCGAAAGUGGUAGUGGCAGUGGCAGUGGCGGACGAUUCGGAUCUGGACGUUACAGGAUAACUCCUUCGGCUAGAACUACUUCCACUGCUACUUCUUCCUUCUACAACAUCAGCAACCCACAACAGCAACCAUCUUCACAGCCACUGCCAGCAAACUUCAACUUUCAACUCUCAACUCUAAAAAUUAUCAAGUUCUGCGCGUUUUCAUCGUAGAAGAAGAGCAUUGCAGUCGCCAGAGUUCUACUUAUGAAGUUAUCCUGCGUAUCUUUGAUUUUUUUUUUAAAUAAUAUUCAUUUUUUUGUUUAUCCAUCAAAGUGCUUCGCUUGACGAUUAAGUUUUAAAAUCCUUUUUUGUGUUAAUACUGAAACUGACCCUAUCCACAUUUAAAACCUUUUAUAAUCUUCAUAAGAAGGGACAAAAUCUAUCAGAAAACAAUUAUUUUAUCAAGUUAUACUUCAGCCAACCUUAAAUUUUAAUGAAAAUAAUUCUAUCCACAAUUCUCUGAGUAGAUGUUGCGCGAUUACCUUAGUAGUUUUCAAUUAUUUUUGCCAAAAUGGCACUAUAGAGGAAUCGUUUAUUUUCAGGAACUUUUAAGGCGUAUGUACAUGCACUUCCUCUUUACUCAGUAGUGCGCUAUACUAAAAGAAUUUAUAUUUAAACUUAUUUAUCAUUUUCCACAAUAAAUUAAUUGCAGAUCCCGUUCUCCACGCCGCUCCCGUUCGCCUCGCAGCCGAAGCUUUUCACGCGAUCGCCGUAGCCGGUCGGACUCCCGAGACCGCCAUUGAGAUGUUUUCAAGAGGAUAUAAUUUAAGUAAAGUCGCAAUCUCUGCUUUGAUUGUGGUGUAAGUAAAUUCAUAGAUGGCAGAUGACAAUAGACACUAUGCGAUGCAUUCAAUAAUCCAUUUUUUUUGUAUCAAAUAAAGAAACAAUAAAAUAAAAACAUAUUUGUUUCCAGCAAAAAGUGA